AUGCAGAUCAAUGUCAAUGAUAGAUUGAAUAUAGGAGGUGAGUUUUGCACAGUACGAUACAUCGGAUCAUUGCCAGAAUGGCCUAAUAUCGUUGCAUAUGGUUUAGAGUGGGACAACAAGCAAAGAGGUAAACAUGAUGGAACGUUAAACGGAGUACGAUACUUCAGAACAUCCGAUGGACAGAGCAGUGGCUCAUUUGUGAAGGAGACUAAACUAGAUACAUCUCGGCAAGAGAGAACAUCGUUUGAAGGUGCAUUAUUGAUGAAAUACGGUGAUACUUCAUCAAUCGAUAUUACCUACAAAUUUGGGUCGAAAGAGACUGAGUCAUAUGGAUUUGAGCAUUUGAAUGAAAUGAACUCUGAUUUUGACAAGUUGGAAAGUAUCACGCUAUCAGAAAACAACAUUUUCCGAGCUUUCAAGACAACCUGUUCGAGCAUUCCGUUUAAUAGUGCUCAUUCUUCUCUGCGAUACCUUGAUUUAUCCUUCAAUCUGUUUUCUGACAUAAAUGAGGUGUACCGCAUACUGCGACUAUUUCCAUCUGUCGAGACUGUUAUAUUGAGUGGGAACUGUUUCACGAAGUUAGAAGCGGAUUCCAGUGAACAGUUUGAAUUUUCCAAUGUCAAAGAACUAUCAAUGGCAUGUUGUAAGCUCCGAAAUGGAGAUAUAGAGACAAUAAUAGAGGCUUUCCCUCAAAUAAAGGCGCUAGACAUUUCUUCAAACUUGCUAUCAAAACUUCCAGAUGUUUUAACCUCAUUACAGGAAAUCAACAUAUCUGAUAACCUUUUCAUUGGCUUCCCAAAAGUUCUUUCAAAAGAAUCAUCCUUAACUAGCAUUGACAUUUCAGAAAACAAAAUAUCAGACCUUAACGAUCUCAACACCAACAGUCAUAUCAUGACUCUUAGGAUUGAUAGAAAUAGGAUCACAAGUUGGGAGGAAAUAGACAGUAUAAAUACGGUUUUCCCUAAAUUAGAGACGCUUUGGAUUAAGAAGAACCCGGUAUGUUUUGAAGAUACGCAAAAAGGUUUCUAUAGUAUCAUCGCAAGAUUGAAGUCUUUAAAAUGUGUGGAUGGAACUAGGAUAAGUGAGGAUAUAAGAAAUGAGGCAGAACUCUAUUUCAUAUCGCUGGUUUUAUCGUCUCAGAUAAAUUAUGAUACGCAAAGUGCUAUGUGGAAUCAUUUGACACUGAAGCACAGCAUAAACACAGAAAGUAGAACCACCGUCCAACAAACGAAUUUCCUUUCAAAAGAACUGAUUGAAAUUCCAAUAGUUUAUGAUUCUGAACCUAUCAAGUUGAAACUAUUGAAAAGCUUCAGUGUGCGUUAUUUGAAGACCUUUCUGCGAUAUAAAUUUAAUCUACAAGGCGAAAUUUCCCUGCAAUACUCUGUCAUGGACAACAUCAAACACGAUUUCACCAAUGAAUUCUCUCCCCUAGCAACCUAUAAUAUAGAAGAGAGUACUAUAUACAUCAAGUCCAAAUAA